AUGUCGGAGGCCAAUGCCAACAACCCCCUGGCCCAGCUGACUGUCUGGUUUACCAUCGCCUUAACCACCGUCAUCUGCAUUGUGCCCGUCGUUGCCUUUCGCUUCCUCAAACCGGAGCUGAAGCCCCGGCUUGCUGACACGGUCCGCUACACGCAGCUGGUCUGGAAGAAGCAGAAGCCUCCGCAUCGCUGCCUGAGGAGGGCGGGCCAGACGGGGACCUGGCGAUCAGGCUACGCCUUCUCUCACCAGGAAGGCUUCGGCGAGCUCAUCACCUCCGGCAAGAACAUGUGCCUGAGUUCGCUGGCCCUGUCCAGUUUCGCCAGCCGCUCCAGCUCCAGCUGGAUCGACACCCUGAGGAAGAAGAAACCGACGGGUGACCAGGCCCGAAGCCCCAGCCCAGUGGUGGUGAGCGAGGAGUGCCAGGUUCUGAGGGGGAGCAAGGCCUCAAGUUAG